AGCGCCAGCGCCAGCCGAACGGUGCGUCCGCAUUAUAGCUAGGCUGCCACUCCAUUGACCGUUCCGCUCUGCGCUAGGACGGAGCAAGCCAUCAGCAAUGGCGUCGAUGCCGCCGAUGCUGGUGAUGGUGUCGGUGCUAGUGCUCGCGGCGGCGAGGGGGGAGUCGGCGGCGGCAUACAACGCGAGCGCCGGGGUUACGGUGGAGGGGAAGCUGAACGUGCACCUGGUGCCGCACUCGCACGACGACGUCGGGUGGCUCAAGACCAUCGACCAGUACUACGUUGGCUCCAACAACACCAUCCAGGGCGCGUGCGUGAUGAACACGCUGGACUCGGUGGUGGACGCGCUAGCCAGGGACCCCGCCCGCAAGUUCGUCGUCGUCGAGCAGGCUUUCUUCCAAAGGUGGUGGGCAGAGAAAAGCCCAAAAAUCCAGGCCAUAGUCCGCAAGCUAGUUGAUUCUGGUCAGCUAGAGUUCAUAAAUGGUGGGUGGUGUAUGCAUGAUGAAGCUGCUGUCCAUUAUAUUGACAUGAUUGAUCAGACCACACUUGGUCACCGGAUGAUCAAGAAACAAUUCAACAAGAUUCCAAGGGCUGGGUGGCAAAUUGAUCCUUUCGGCCAUUCUGCAGUUCAAGCUUAUUUGCUGGGAGCAGAGCUUGGUUUCGAAUCUAUGCAUUUUGCAAGAAUUGAUUACCAAGAUAGGGCAAAGCGUAAAGGAGAUAAAGGCCUAGAGGUUAUAUGGCGCGGCUCAAGAACUUUUGGUUCAUCCUCACAGAUAUUCACAAAUGCAUUUCCUGUCCAUUAUAGCCCUCCAAAUGGCUUUAGCUUCGAAGUUUUGGCUGAGGAUGUCAUACCUGUUCAGGAUGACCUGUUGCUGUUUGACUAUAAUGUCGAAGAACGAGUUAAUGAUUUUGUUGCUGCAGCCAUAGCACAGGCAAACGUUACGCGUACAAACCACAUAAUGUGGACCAUGGGGGAUGAUUUUAAUUAUCAGUAUGCUGAAUCUUGGUUCCGGAAUAUGGACAAACUUAUCCAUCAUGUGAACAAGGAUGGCCGAGUACAUGCGUUGUAUUCUACUCCGUCCAUCUACACAGAUGCUAAACAUGCAUCAAAUGAAUCUUGGCCAGUAAAAUAUGAUGAUUAUUUCCCCUAUGCUGAUUCAACAAAUGCAUACUGGACUGGGUAUUUUACAAGCCGGCCUACCUUCAAGCGAUAUGUUCGAAUGCUGAGUGGAUAUUACCUGGCUGCACGCCAAAUAGAAUUUUUGGUGGGUACGAGUUCCUUAGGAUUGUUCACUUCCAGCUUGGAAGACGCAAUGGGCAUUGUCCAGCAUCAUGAUGCAGUCUCAGGUACAGCGAAACAACACACAACUGAUGACUAUUCGAAACGCCUUGCUCUUGGAACAUCUAAGGUUGAGAAAGGUGUCAACACUGCUCUGACUUGUCUGACAAGUUCCAAUGGAACAUGUGUGUCCUCAGUAGUAAAAUUUAGUCAGUGCCAACUUCUCAAUAUAAGCUACUGCCCUUCAACCGAGGAAGCAAUUUCAGCAGCAAAGAGUUUAGUUGUAGUUGCUUACAAUCCUAUUGGAUGGGAACGUAGUGACUUCAUAAGGAUUCCAGUCAAUGAUGAAAACCUAGUUGUAAAAAGUUCUGAUGGAACUAUUGUUGAGUCCCAACUAAUUGAGGUUGAUAAUGUUACCAGCAAUUUGAGGAAGUUCUAUGUGAAAGCUAAUCUUGGAAUCACAACAGACAAGCCCCCUAAGUAUUGGCUAGUAUUUCAAGCUUCUGUACCACCAAUGGGAUGGAACUCUUACAUCAUUUCAAGAAGCGCUAGGACAGGAUACAAAAGAACCGGAUAUGUCUCAGCCAUGGUUUCUCCAAGUAACGACACAGUUGAAGUUGGACCAGGGCCUCUAAAAAUGUCCUUUUCAUCAACAUCCGGACAACUCAAGAGGAUAUUCAAUUCUGUCUCAGGGGUGGAUUUGCCAAUUCAACAAAGCUUCCUUUGGUAUAGAUCAAGCACCGGUGAUGCCUUGGAUUCACAGGCAUCUGGGGCGUAUAUUUUUAGACCAGAUGGUAAUACACCGACUAUUGUUUCAAGAUUGGUUCCACUGAAAGUUAUCCAUGGACCUCUAGUUGAUGAAGUGCAUCAGCAAUUCAGCUCAUGGAUUUAUCAGGUUACACGACUCUACAAGAACAAGGAGCAUGCUGAAGUUGAAUACACGAUUGGGCCAGUUCCUGUUGGCGAUGACGUAGGAAAGGAGAUCAUCACACGCUUGACAGCAAAUAUGGCCACGAACAGUACAUUUUAUACAGAUUCUAAUGGAAGGGAUUUCCUCAAAAGGGUGAGAAACUACAGGGAGGAUUGGGACCUUCAAGUAACUCAACCAGUUGCAGGAAAUUACUAUCCAGUCAAUCUAGGAGUCUAUGUAGCAGAUGGAAAAUAUGAGCUAUCUGUACUUGUGGAUCGUGCUGUUGGAGCAUCAAGUAUUCAGGAUGGUCAGCUAGAGAUUAUGCUCCACAGGCGUAUACUUAAAGAUGAUGGCAGAGGUGUUGGAGAGCCACUAGAUGAAGUUGUUUGUGUGGAUCAAGAUUGCGAGGGGCUCACGGCCAGGGGGACUUACUAUGUCAAUGUCGACAAGCUAGGGCAUGGAGCUCACUGGCGACGAACAUUUGGCCAGCAAGUUUAUUCACCCUUUCUUCUUGCUUUUACUCAUGAGGAUGAGACAAGCUGGAAAUCCUACAAUGUUGCGAAAACAAGCAUCAUGGAUGGGAAUUACAGUCUUCCUGAUAAUGUCGCAAUUGUCACCUUGCAGAAUCUAGAUGAUGGUACCACACUACUCCGCCUGGCCCAUCUUUUUGAGGCUGCUGAGGACCCUCAAUAUUCAGUGAUGGCAAAAGUUGAAUUAAGGAAGGUGUUUGGAAAGAGAACUAUCAAGGAAUUGACCGAGACUAAUCUUUCAGCAAAUCAAAAGAAAUCAGAGAUAAAGAAGCUAAAUUGGAAUGUCAUUGGGGACACCGAAAGUGGUCCCGACCCAGUGAAAGGUGGCCCGGUUGACAGUCAAGCUCUCGUUGUUGAGUUGGGACCUAUGGAGAUACGCACUUUCUUGCUUAAAUUCUGAACUGCAACUGCAUGUCUGCAUUGUUUAAAAAUCAAGAACACUUGGGAGGAAUUGAUGUGUCUUCGUUAAGAGAGGGCACCCAAAUCUUAGUCAAAGACGACUCAAACUCGGGUUAUGGGAUGUGCACGCCCACACCAAAUAAGUUAGUUCCUGUAAUUGCUACACGUGUUAUAGGAAAUUACUGCGCUGUUCUUUUUUCAUAUAGUUUUUUCUCAUUAUAUUGUAUCUGAAACGCAUAUCUUCCGCCUGAAACGGAUAUCUUUGUAUCUUUUUUCUUUUUUUAUUUUUAACUUAUAUUUAUGAGAUAAUAAAAUAUGACAAAAGCUACACCAUAAAUAGGUUCACGUAAGAGCGUUCGAAGGGAUCAGAACAAUUAUGAUAUGCUUCCAAAAUAUGAAAUAAAAAAAUUGCUGUUGCUUCAA